AUGAAUUUGCCAAUCCCGUUGGUACAAAAUACUCAUCCUUUACUCAAACAAACAAGAAUCAGUAAUGACCAUCUCGAGUCAAAAUCAAGCACCUCUAGGCCUUUUUGGAAUAAGGAUGCUGCUCACCAUUCCAAACAAUGGGGCCUCAAUACGAUUUUACCAAUGGCGGCUAAAAAACUUAGUCAGAAGAUCAACUUUGACUCGUGGUUUUCCGUGGUCAAACAUCCACAGGCGCCAAUUAUCAACAACUCACUGAACUUACCGCUUAGCAGUGGUGUCAAAGAGGAGAUGAUCAGGGCUCGCAAAACUAGGAUCUAUCCGACCAAUUCCCAGAGAGAAACGCUCAAAAAGUGGUUUGGGUGCCAGCGUUACAUAUACAAUAGAGCGCUGAAGCUGCACCGCGAUGGCAUGGCAAUGACCAUGAAAGGGCUACGCCAGACUUUGCUUAACAAAGAUACUAAUAUUCUAGAACGUCAGGAGCAGUGGCUUAACGACUAUAAUUACGAUUUGAAAGACGAAGCCCUUCGUGAUUUGGUCAAAAACUUCAGUAGUAAUAUGGUGAAGUUCAAGAAGACGGGGGUGCCUUUCAAGUUGAAGUUCAAGACAAAAAAGGCACCGGUUCAAACUAUUUCAGUGCUGAAAAAGCACUGGAACAAGGGAGCGAAAUCUUUCUAUGGACCAAUAUUCUCGCCCUCGAAGAUAUGUGGCGCAGAGUCGCUUCCAGAGGAAUUGCCAGCAGAUUCGAGGCUCCAAAGGACAAGGAACAAUAAAUAUUACCUGAUUGUUCCUAUGGUUGGUGAGGAAAUCGCUAGGAAAAGCCACGCAGAAAAGUUUAUAUUUAUUGAUCCCGGGGUAAGAACUUUCCUAACAGGAUAUGACUCUAAUCAGACUGUGGUCGAGAUUGGUAAAGACGCGGUCGUACGCAUCGAGAAGCUUAAGCGCCGACGACCGCAAUUGCAGUCAAAACUUGCCAAGCUCAGGAAGCACAAGAAGAGGCAAAACCAUCGGAAAGCCUUACACAGGCUGGACGGAAAGAUUUCGCAUAUUGUUCAGGAUAUGCACAAGAAAUCGGCCCUCUUCUUGUGCCAGUAUUAUAACAAUAUUUUUCUUCCCAAGUUGGAUUACCAUGAAUGCACCAAGCUGACCCGAAAAUCAAGGUCCAAUAUGGCGACCCUCGCUCACUGCUCCUUCCAUGAUCGCUUGACGAUGAAGGCAGAGCAGCUCCAUGGUGCAAGUGUUCAUGAGGUUGAGGAGGAUUACACGUCGAAGACUUGUUCUAGUUGUGGAAAUUUGAAGGAUGGCCUUGGCUCCGUCAAAGUAUAUAGCUUUCUAAAGUGCUCCUCGGUUUUCGACAGGGACUUCAACGCAGCAAAGAACAUCAUGCUCAAGUAUAUCUGUGAGCAUUUGAUGGCAAGUGGUGAGUCUUCCAUUUCUUCUGCUCUAAGUACAGAAAAUGGUCGACUCGCCAUGAUGGUUCCUGGCCCCUUCGUACGCUAG